AGAUAAAAAUGGCGACCUGGACUUAACUCAUCACGUGACAUGAUUGUAAUGUUUAGUAAAACACGUAAACAUUACACACACUAAACAUCAAUUUGGUUUACCCGCUGCUCCGUCCCGAUCCGGUCAGCUAGUACCUGCUCCUAAUAUUCACGGAUUAAAAACCUGAACUAACAUUAUGGAUCAGAAUCAAGGUUUUCCUGAGGUUCCAGACACCGUGGAGCAUCUUUUCUCAUGCAAGAACCACAAGGACGGGAUCGAUUUGUCAAUCGGUGCUCCGGGUCCGGAAAUCCUAUGCAAACUUCCGGACAUGUUUCAGAAAGCUACGGAAAAGCGAAUGAAACAGGAGCAAGAUUUCGGAAACUUAUUCCAGUACGGACCCGAGCAAGGAAUUGUCUCUUUUCGUAAAAAUUUGGCGGAUUUUCUUGAAUCUGAAUAUGAAUCUGCCGUUGAUAUUGAGGAGCUAAUUCUAACCACUGGAGCUACUAAUGGACUCUUCCUAACAUGUUCUAUCCUACUGGAUACUAAUGCUGUAGUGUAUGUAGAGAACCCAACCUACUUCAUUGCGCUCAAACUUCUAGCUGGCGAUCUUGGGUUCAGGAUUAAACCUAUUCCGAUGGACAAGGACGGAAUUGAUUGGAGAGAACUGGAACGAACCGUUCAGAAAAAUGCUAAGGAGAAUGAGAAUGUAAAAACCAGACCAGGAAGAUACCAAAGUUUGCUUUAUAUUAUUCCAAACUAUCAUAAUCCUACCGGAGUAACGUACAGCAUAGAAACCUGCAAGGGUGUGUUGAAAGUAGCACGGGAUAAUAACAUGUUGGUUAUAUGUGAUGAUGUCUACAAUCUACUCAGCUACAAUACUAAACCUGUAUUCUCUAGACUGAAAGCUCUGGAUAAAGAUGGAGUUGUGAUUUCAAAUGGAACCUUCUCCAAGUUCUUGGCUCCUGGAGUAAGAUUAGGUUGGCUUGAGGUUCCCAAGGCUCUGGUUUCAAGGUUUAGAAAAUGUGGAGUUCUUCUUUCAGGAGGAUCUCAAAACAACUAUACGUCAGGUAUAGUGUGUAGUAUGUUGCAGGACGGAGUUAUCAAAUCCAAUCUUGAAUUCAUUCGUAAACUGUACGGAGUCAGAAUGAACUCGGCAAUAGAGUAUUUACGUGAAAACCUACCCUCUGGUUGGACUUGUUUCAACCCUGGAGGAGGAUACUUUCUCUGGUUGUCGGCUGAUCACGAUCUCGUAGAUUUCUCCGAUAGCUUGGAGACAGCGGGUGUUACCGUCCUGUACGGUGAGCGAGCCUGUCCGUAUUCCUACCUAGAGGAGGAUUGUGAACAGAAUUGGAAAAAUUGUAUUCGAUUAUCUAUUGCUUAUUAUCCUACCGAGAAAAUCCUCGAAGCGUGUCGUAUCAUCUGUAAUGUUGCAGUGAACAAUAAGUAAUAUUCCGUCUAUAUAAUUAUAUUAAUAUUCUUACUGAUCAGACUUCCUGGUACAACAUGUGAUUCUACACCUGUAAACUCUAGUUCUUUCUUUCUAUUGUUCGUAUAGUUUCGUAAUAGUGUGUAAAAUACUCCAGUAAAAGGUUAAACCUUGCUCUGGAAGAAAAUGAUUCAUCAGUCCCCAAGGGAUUGGAUUUAUCAACAUUUUUUUGGAAUAAAUCGAAGGUACAACUUAACAUGGAUAAAAAUUAAAUAUAUACAUAUUGUGAAAAAGAUUUAUUUUAUAUUAUUUCAG